AUGAUGGGUCGUGCUGAACCUGCUAGAUUGAUUUUCGCUUAUGCUGGUGUCAAUUUUACAGAUGAACGGAUUGAAAAAUCGGAAUGGCCAGCUUUGAAGUCCAGUGAGUUUUUUUCGAAGAGUAUUUUCAAAAUUUAGAAUUUCUUUUAUAUUUAUAGCAAUCAUUUUCGAAUAAAAAAAAUAGGUUUUUAAGAAAUUCGAGACUACCGUAGUUAAUCUGACGUCAUUAACUAAAACCUUGACGUAAAUACUUUUUGAAAACGUUAAUCAAACUUUUAAUUAAAAAUCCUCAAGCCUUGAUUCUGAUGAAAAUUUUUAUUUCAAUCAUGAGUAAUCCGUUUUUUUCCCAACAAACCCAAAAGUGAUAUUAUCCCAAACACGGAACUCAAAAAAUUCUUGGAAAUAUUUUGAAUGCCUAAAAAUAAAUCGGAUUACGCUCUUACGAACCUUUCUUAUCAAAAAUAUACUAAACUAAUUACCCACCAAAAAUCAGUAAAUUUAUCAUGAAACAAUUUUCCAGCCACACCACAUGGACAAUUACCGGUUCUACACGUGGAUGGAAAACAACUAGCGCAAAGUCGAGUCAUCGAACGGUUCUUGGCCAAAAAACUAGGUAAGUUUUGAUGAAUGUUGUUAUUUCAAAAUUCUUGAAGAGCGUGCCCCUUAAAAAAAAGAGAACACUGAUUCUCUUUCUUGUUGGAAAGUGCAAGUGUACAAAACACAAAUUCAAUUUAUGUCACAAAAAAGAACACCCAGAAGACUUUUUUGCACAACAUACAUAGAAAAUGCAUUUGAUGAGUGAGUCGCACUAAUUUGCUCUUUUUUGUACUUUCUCUUAAAAUGUUUUUUUUCAAGUUCACAUCCAGAACCAAAAUCAAUUAGAACUAAAAAAACAUGGUACUUCACAGUAAUUAUGGUUAAUUAAUUAGACAUUGAACAGUGAAAUGAGAAAAAAAGAGUAUUGGUUUUUUGUUCAGGAUUGUCUGGAGAUAAUGAAUGGGAGACGGCAAAGAUGGAUGAGUUGGUGGCGUGUGUUGAGGAUUUCUUGAUUCAAAUUGCACCAUGGUUCAAAGAACAAGAACAGGCUAAAAAGGUUUGUUUGAAAUUUUCAGAAAGAAUUGGGAGGCUUGAUUAUUAGAAAUCUAUAACGUUUUAAAAAGUUGUAUCAUUUUUCUAAUUUUCAAAAUUGAAAAUAGCAAAUUUUUAUUUUAUGAUCUAGUUAUUUUAUUCAUUAGUCCAGUGUAUUUUUUCAAGGUCUGAAAAGUCCGAAAACGUCAUAACGCUUUUUACGGUUGAAAAAUAAUCGGGGUGUUUUCUUUUUUGGUUAAUCCUGUUUUGGCCAAAAUAUGACUUUUUUCAAAACAAAAAUCAAGGAGGAAAAAUGGGUUCAUACAACUUGAAUUUCAAUAUUUCCCCGUGUCGGAGAAUCUGAAUUUCAGAAACUGAAUAUGAUUAUAGAAAUCUUGAUUUUGAAAACGUUCUUAAAUUUGCAGGUCGAGAUUUUCCGAAGUUUGAUUGACACAACUAUCAUUCCAUUUAUCUCAGCUUUUGAGAAUCUUCUCAUCUCAAAUGGCACCGGAUAUUUCGUCGGCGACAAAAUCUCGUACGCAGAUCUUGCAAUUUUCCACAUUUUCUGGUUCAUGAAUACCAAAAUUCUACCGGGUUCACUUCGCAAAUAUCCGAAAUUGCUCGAAUUCGUCGACAAAAUUGCGAACAUUGACAAUAUCAAAAAAUGGAUUGCGCAACGUCCAAAAACCGAGGCUUAA